GUCCCCAAACCCUCGCCAAGAAAAAACGCAGAACCAUUUUCUCCAAUCUCUCACCAAUGGCCGCUCGAUCAAUUCUCAGGUCCUCUUCUCUCCGCAGCGCCGCCGCCAAAAUCGCAUCGAAGCCCAAAUCCUCUCCCUCUUCGUUUCGCUUCCCGAAACCUAUCGCCUCUCCUCGCAUCCUCAGAUCUCCAGUGGAGAUGAGUUUCUGCGUUGAAUCGCUCCUCCCGAUGCACAGCGUGACCGCGGCGGCGUUGAUGACGUCGAUGCUCUCUGUUUCCCGCGGGGGCUACGGUUGGCUCUCCGAAGGACAAGAUGGUACUAGAUGAAGAUCAAGCAAGAAAAAAGGAUGGAUAGUAACACUUUCGCUGGAAAUGAUGAUGUGUGACAAAAGUAGAUGGAGUCUAGCGAAAACUUUAAGAUACUCGAGCAAUUUUAGGCAGGCCUCCAAAUUCCUAGGAUGCUGAGAUUUCAAAGGAAAAAGUGCUGGCAAUAAUAGUUUGGUUAUUUACCAACUGAUUGAUUCAGAUGUUAUUAUGGGACUUUUCUUCAGAAAUUAUAAGGAAAUUAUUAUGGGUUGAAAUUACCUACAGUUAGAUGUCAAACCUGUUUCUAUGAUGAACAUGGUCUUAAGGUGAACUAUACUUAGUGAGUUGAAUGUCCUGUAAAAUGGGCUUUUAAACAUAAAAUUUUAGUUGAAUUUAUAUUCUAUCUCUUGCAUGCUAUUGGAUUGGCUUGGAUUUGUAUUAAUGGUAAAUGCUCCUCUCUAGUGGAUACAUUCAUGUACAUGGAUAAGGUCUGAUAUCAUUAUAUGAUAUGGUUUUCUCUUU